AUGGCGGCGCAAAGCGACUUCAUUACUGCUUGCGAAACCGGGGACGUCGAAGCGGUUACCAGAAUCCUCGAAAAGGAAGUCGUAUCGGACGAUCUGGACCAACUGCAGAAAGGCCUUUCCAGGGCUGCAUGGAGAAGUCACCCUGCUGUGGCCAACAUCUUGCUUUCCAAAGGCGCCAAGGUUGACCGGACGAGCUUCGUGGGAAGCACCAACCGCGGCGAUCCGACCAUGUUCGAACUUUUUGUCAAAUACGGCUUUGACAUCAACUCGACCGAGUUUGGUGAGGGUACAGCACUCCGCAUGUCCGUCGGCAAUGAGAACCUCACGCGCUGGCUCCUCGCCCACGGUGCAGACCCCAACGUUGCUCAUGAUCGGGCCCCCUCGCCCCUCAUCUCAGCUGCGAUCACUGAGAAGGGUGGCAAUGCCGUCCGUAUGCUUUUGGAGCACGGCGCAGUGUUAGAGCCCAACAUCCUUCAUUAUGCCGUCCAGUCUAGAGCUAGCAUGUCAGAUCGCCGGGACAGGGUGGAACAGCUGGUGCGGGCCGGGGCCAACAUCAACCACAUUGAUCCCAAACGGAAAGGAACACCGCUGCACUGUGCCGUAUGGCACAACAGAGGUGACGUUGUGGAAGCGCUUAUUGAGCUGGGAGCUGAUCCCAACGUAGUGUUUCAAGGCCGUACAGCGGCGGAUGUGGCUAAGGAUCGGUGCCAGAAGCUCGAGCAUUACCUGAAGAUUUAUCAGUUUCUGAAGGACAAGAUAAAGGUCACUCCAGAGGACCCAAACCAAGGCCAAGGGACCUGCAGCGCUUGCAGGCCCCCAGUGGUCUUCACUACUGCUGGCUCUCUUGCUGCGCGAGGGUAUUACACACACACUCAAGCCCAAGCUCACAAUGCCUCCGCUCUUUAUCUAGCAGAGCGCACAAUUACCGAACCGACCCCCGGCAAAGAGGAUGCGUUCAUGGUCACGGAGAUCGAAGAAGCAACCCAAAUGGUAUGGGAAGUCUCGGAGGGCUCCGACGUGAACACGGCCUGCUUCACUCGUUUGGACGGAAAAAACGCCGUCAGUAUCGGCACUAGCCAUCUCUGCGGUUGCACCGUUAUAGUGACCAUUAGCCAACGCGGGCGGCGUCUACGCCGCGCACUAUUGGGAGAACAUCUCGUUUUCGUCUCUGAUGAUCUGUUUCGCCAGACAUCGACGGAAACAAAUGAUCAGCUAUUCGAGCGGACGGUGAUAGCGCCGAUCCAGAGAGGCAAAUCUCUACGCACAAGGCGAGCAAGAUUGGGAAAUCAAGAGUCCGAUAACAUUAGAGCGUUUCAGGUGCGUCCUGAUAAGCCGUACAGAAAGCAAAUGAUGAAUGACUAUGAUCUCAGCCAGAAUUACCAGGAGUGGGCGCGGAUCAAGAGCACCGUGGGAGGAAUCAUCAGCUUGUUGAACCCUGAUACGGAAGCAGGAAGUUCGAGGUGGCAGGAUGUUAUUUAUGGCCGCCGUUCGAAUAACACGAACGGACGUGUUUUGAUCAAGUAUGCCGCCGACCAUGAAGGGAAGAAGAAAUGGGCGGAAACGGAUAGAUGA